AUGCUGGCCAUCGUCGCCGUCCUCCCAUGGGGCGAGGGAAACCCGAUAAAGUGUAGAAAGCUGCAGAUACGCAAAGAAUGGCGGACGUUGACAAAUGACGAGAAAGCCAAAUGGGUGGGAGCUGUCAAGUGCUUGACAAGCAUACAUCACGAACGGCUUUCCUUCACGACGAACCGGACGGUUCUCGAAGGAAAGAGGAGCCUGUACGACGACUUCUCUUACGCACACGCAUCCCUCGAGCACAGCGCCCACGGGAAUGCCUACUUCUUGCCGUGGCACCGCUGGUUCACAUACCUAUUCGACACUUCCCUUCGUGAGACUUGCGGAUACAGAGGGCCAACACCCUACUGGGAUUGGUCGCGAGAUCAUGCUGAUCUGUUCAGUUCGCCCGUGUUUGAGGACUCACCAGAGUACGGACUCGGCGGCACGGGGGACUGUGCUUCCUCGCCCGAGGCGGAUUGUACCGUCACCACCGGUGCUUUUGCCUCGUCCAGCGAGAAGGGGGACUUCUCGCUUUCGUGGCCGAUCCCCCAUCCGCUGAGGAGGAAUCUCACGCUCAUCACCGGCUGGUUUGAAGGUGAGCGCCCGCAAAACAGCACACUCAGCCCAGACUUUGUGCGCAACGCGACCGAGAAGACGACGGGCGACUUUUUCCGGUUCCAGGACGCUAUGGAACGCAUGCACGACCACGUACACAAUUUCGUGGGGGGCGACAUGGCCGGAGACUGUCCCAAAGCUCUGCCGGAAGAGAAAUGCCAGGGAAUGACGGCUAGCUUCACGCCGAACGAUCCGCUCUUUUGGCUGCAUCAUGCGCAGCUCGACCGGCUGUGGAACGAGUGGCAACACCACCACCCGUCCAACUUUGCCGCCUUUUCUGGCAUGCCCACACGUCCGCACAAUAUGACUGAUGAACGCUACGACCCCAACGCACAUGCAGAUCAUCGGAUGUCUUUCGACGUGCAGAGUGUGCCAGUGACGCCGAGUAUGGUUUUCGAUACUAAGAGUUGGCCUUUGUGUUAUCAAUAUACAAACGAGGACGACUAG